UAGCUUCCUGAUGAUCAGGGGUUUCCAAGAUUCUUACCCACUGUGGUUAAUAAACAACAAGGAGACGGGGCUCUGUGAGAAUCUGUAAGUGAUGUUUUCAGGCACAGCCUCUCCAGGAUUAAAGAGAAAAGCCCUGUCCUUCCUCUAGGUCCAGGGCGAGCUCCCUCUCUGGCAUCAAGUUCCCUGGGGUGUCUUCUUCCAGAAGAGUCCAGGGAGAGGUAAAGGGUGGGAGGCAGGGCGUCCACUUGAGGGAGAGGGAUUCCGGGGAGAGAAGAGGAGGGAAAGGGGCUGAGCCCAGCCUGGUUUCCUCAGACAGCCCCUGGGCCAGGACUCAGGGAGACAGCGCGACACAGGCUCGGUGCAGGAGGAGGGGUCGGGGCACAGUCCCAGGUCCCCCAGGGCGAACUCUGGAGCGGGGAGCUCAGUGUUGGGGAGUCCCCACGUCCCCGCGGUUUCACUUCCCCUUCUCACAACCUGUGUCGGGUCCUCGUGUCUGGAAACUCAUGACGCGGCCCCAGUUCUCACUCCGGUUAUAAAUUCUCCACUGACCGGCCUGCACGCAGCUUGUCCCCAGACCCCGGGACAUCAUGGGCCCCGGGACCCUCGUCCUGCUGCUCUCGGGGGCCCUGGGCCUGACGGGGACCCGGGCGGGAUCCCACUCCCUGAGGUGUUUCGGCACCACCUGGUCCCGGCCCGGCCGCGGGGAGCCUCGCUUUGUCGCCGUCAGCUACGUGGACGACAUGCAGUUCAUGCGGUUCGACAGCGACGCGGCGAGUCCGAGGGCGGAGCCGCGGGCGGCGUGGGUGGAGCACGUGGAGCCGAGGUUCUGGGAGCGGAAGACAGCGGACCUCAAGGCGGCCGCCCGAGUUGCCCAAGCGGAGCUGAAGUUCCGGCGCGGCUACUACAACCAGAGCGAGGCCGGGUCUCACACCAUCCAGUGGAUAUACGGCUGCGAAGCGGGGUCGGACGGGCGCCUCCUCCGCGGGUACACGCAGUUCGCCUACGACGGCGCUGACUACAUCGCCCUGAACGAGGACCUUUCCUCCUGGACCGCGGCCGACACAGCGGCUCAGAUCACCCAGCGCAACUGGGAGGCGGCUGGUGCGGCGGAGCGCCUGAGGGGCUACUUUGAGGGCAGGUGCCUGGAGGGUCUCCUCAAAUACCUGGAGAUCGGGAAGGAGACGCUGCUGCUCGCAGACCCUCCAAAGACACAUGUGACCCACCACCCCACCUCUGACCGUGAGGUCACCCUGAAGUGCUGGGCGCUGGGCUUCUACCCUGCGGAGAUCACCCUGACCUGGCAGCGUGAUGGGGAGGACCUGACCCAGGACACAGAGCUCGUGGAGACCAGGCCUGCGGGGGACGGGACCUUCCAGAAGUGGGCAGCUGUGGUGGUGCCUCCUGGAGAGGAGCAGAGAUACAUGUGCCAUGUGCAGCACAAGGGGCUGCCUGAGCCCCUGACCCUGAGAUGGGAGCCGCCUCCUCAGGCCGCCAUCCCUGUGGGCAUCAUUGCUGUGCUGGUCCUCCUUGGAGCUGUGGUCACUGGGGCUGUGGUGGCUGGAACUGUGCCGUGGAGGAGGAAGCGCUCAGCAUGAAACAGCUGCCUUGUGGGGGACUGAGUGAUGCAAGAUUUGUUCAUGCCCCAGUUUGUGACUUCAGGAACCUCUGAUCUCUCUUUCUGCAAAGGGCAUCUGAAUAUGUCUGCGUUUCUCUCAGCAUCAUAUGAGGAGGGGGGAGACUGCCCACCUCCUGCCCUCCAUGCUCCCUCUCCACACUGAGCCUCUUCCCUGACCCAUUGUCCUGUUCCAGCAGAAGCUGUUUGCAUCCCCACUUUUACUUUGUGUUACACAGAGCAGCAACUUCUUCCUUCCUAUUGAAAUAAGCAUCUGGAUAUGGAUUUGUUUUUUCAGUUCUUGAUGAAGGGUUGAUGGGUUAAUUGAAGGAGAAAAUCCUAAGGUUUCAGAGGAAAUAAAUGGAAGCACUGAGAA